AUGCGCGCGCCGCUGCUACUGCUGCUCCUGGCUCUGGGGUCCGCGCUGCGCUCCCCGCAGCCUCCCGAGGCGCGCUUCAAGCUCUGCGGCCACCACCUGGUGCGUGCGCUGGUGCGGGUGUGCGGCGGCCCGCGCUGGUCGCCUGAGGCCACGCAGCCUGUGGAACCCCGGGACCGGGAGCUGCUGCAGUGGCUGGAGCAAAGACAUCUUUUGCACGCGCUUGUGGCCGAUGCGGACUCCGCACUAGACCCGCAGCUCCACCAGGCUUCUCAGCGCCAACGCCGCAGCGAGGCCACCAACGCUGUGCACCGCUGUUGUCUCACUGGCUGCUCCCAGCAAGACCUGUUGGGUCUGUGUCCCCACUGAAGGGGCACAGACUCAGGAAGUCCGUCCUCAAUUGGUCCCCACCUCCCGGCCGUGUCCAUGAAACACCCCGGUUUGCCUUGGAGGAUCCCUAGUUUAUUCAUAGAUCGCAGAACGGAGGGCCACAGGUUCUGUCCCCAAGGAGCCCUGUCAUUACCUGUGCCCACCUCCUCUCUGUGUCCCUAACAGUCUAAAUAAAUAAGCAACUUCAUA